CAAGAAAUAGUUGUACGAAGGAGUAAUGGCUCCAGCAUCAAGCUCUCUCCCCAUUGUUUUCUUCUUAGUCGCAAUGUCAUUUGUGGUUGUGGUCUCCGGGCAGAAGAAUGGAGCAAUUUACCAUUUGUUUGGUGGUGAAGGCUCGGUCACCAUAGAAGAAUGCCCAGACAAAUGCAACUACCGUUGCUCGGCGACAUCUCACACGAAGGCGUGCCUUACAUACUGCAACUACUGCUGCGAGAGAUGCCUCUGUGUUCCAUCCGGUACAUAUGGGAACAAGGAAGAAUGCCCCUGCUACAACAACUUGAAAACCCAGGAAGGCAAACCAAAGUGCCCCUGAAGAUGAACCAUAGCUUACAAUGUCUCCUGCUACUAGAUUCCUAUACUUUUCUGUCAUUUUAAUUGUUGGGAAAGAUCAACAUAAUAAAAGUGAUCCAUUUUGUAAUUGAGCUUUACCUUUGCAUGCUUUUUAAGCCACUACUAGCAUCAUAAGACUAUAUAUGUAUUGACAUGGAAGGAAAUUAGAGCAUUGGUCUGGAACAAAUUUAAGA